AUGAGGAAGGUUAUGCCAGGGUUAGUGGGAGAGACACAGAGUGCGUUUGUGAAGGGCAAGAAAAUUCAUGAUGGGGCAUUGAUAGCCUGUGAGACUGUGCAGUGGCUGAAGGCUAGGAAGAAGAGUGGCGCGAUUAUUAAACUUGAUUUUCAAAAGAAGAUGGGCUUCGGCGAUAUAUGGAGGGGGUGGAUUAAGGAGUGUGUCUGCUCUGCGUCUAUGUCGGUUUUGAUAAAUGGGAUGAUCAGGGAGGCAGUGAGGAAUGACCGCAUCUAUCCACUUUUGGUUGGAAGGGAUAACAUUGAGUUGUCGCACUUACAGUUUGCAGAUGAUACCAUUCUCUUCUGUCCUACUGAGGAAGAGACUAUCAGGAACUACAAGCGAUUGUUACGUUGCUUUGAGCUGAUGUCGGGGUUGAGUAUCAAUUUUGAGAAGUCUAGCUUCAUUCCGGUUAACAGUGAUCGGCAUUGGGUGCGUAAGAUGUGUCAGUUGCUGGGAUGCAAGGAGGAGUCUGUGGUGGAAGACAAGUUAAGUCUGUGGAAAGCAAAGACCCUAAACAAAGCGGGUAAGUUGGUUCUUAUUAAGUCUGUUCUGAAUAGUUUGCCUAUCUACUAUCUUAGCCUAUACAAGAUGCCCAAGGCGGUAGCGGAGAAGUUGAUCUCACUCCAAAGGUGCUUCUUGUGGAGUAAAGAGAAUGGGAGAAAUGGGAUACCACUAGUAAAAUGGGAAGUGGUGAUGGCUCCAAAAAAGGCAGGUGGUCUGGGAAUUAGAGACGCAGUAAUUCGGAAUACAGCUUUGCUCUUUAAGUGGUGGUGGAGGUUCUCGAAAGAUAAUUGUCCCCUGUGGAAGAAAGUCGCCUGCUCCUGUAAUAACUUGACUCCGAAUGAGAUGAUGUGUGGUCAGCCUGUACCUACAAGGGGGUGCUUGAAAGGAUAUUUGCCAGUUACAAAUCAGUGA